UCAAUUCUCUCGCGUAACGUCUCCACUAUAUAUUGAGGUAUGAGCCUAAACUACUACAACAGUUUCACUGCCGAGGUCGUAGGAGACGGAUCAAAAUGUUUACUAAAAUUCUAGUCCUAACUGCCUCAUUAGCUCUGUGCUAUGGCGAAGAAUACGUUUAUAAAUAUAGACCAAGUCAUCACGAAGAUAUAAAGGAGUACAGAUAUCAAGAUGGCCAUGCUAGUCGAGAGCCAGCACCGAUACAAGAAGAGACAUCAGCUGAAGGUCACGGAAGUCCACUGUCCUCUCAAAGUGUUGUUCACUAUCCAGCAGACCAAUCGCAUUCUCAAGAAGCAUACCAAUACGUUCCAAGCCCUGCAGCGUACAAGCAGUAUUACCAGAGCCAGGAACACGCUGAACACCAAGCUGAUCUUCACGUUCAUAGUGCACAUUAUCCAUCUAUCCAUGAGCCAAAACAUACGCCACACCAAGAAGUAAAAUAUGUGCAUGCCCCAGUUCGCCAUUACCAGCAUCAGCCAGGCCAUGAAACUCCAGCUUAUCACCAUGUGGAUAGCCACUCACACGAUGAGCCUGUAGACUAUUAUGCUUACCCUAAGUACCAAUACGAGUACAAAGUUGAAGAUCCUCAUACUGGUGACAAUAAGUUCCAGCACGAAGUACGCGAUGGAGACAGCGUGAAGGGUGUAUAUUCUUUACAGGAAGCAGAUGGUUCUAUCAGAACAGUGGAGUAUACCUCCGAUAAAGAUCAUGGUUUCAAUGCAGUCGUGAAGCAUUCAGCCCCCGGACAGCACGUCCAUAUCGAUAGCCAUCACCAGAAUUAGAAGAGUUAAUUGUUAAGACUGUCUGUUAGUUGUUAUUUAAUUGUUGUUAUAUGUGUAAAUUAAUAAAUUAUGAUUUAUAAACAUUAUAAA